AUGGAACUCUCUCUCUGCACCACUCUUCUCCUGACCAUCUCCUGCUGCCUGUGGAAUACGGAAGCUCGCACACAUGGAGCUACGCUCACGGUGCCAAAUGGGGGUGACUGGGGUGACUGGGGCUCAAACGAAUUUUGCCCAAGAGGCUAUGCUUAUGGCUUCACCCUGAAGGUGGAAGAUCCCCAAGGGUUACGUGAUGAUACAGCUCUUAAUGGAAUCCGUUUGUAUUGUAAUGAUGGCUCAACAAUUGAGUCUAGCGUUGGACCGUGGGGAUACUGGAUCCCAAAGCAGUUUUGUCACACAGGUUUCCUGGUUUCUUUUUCUCUGAGAGUGGAAAAAGCUCAAGGAAUUGGUGAUGAUACAGCAGCUAACAAUAUCCAAUUCACCUGCAGUGAUGGUGGUAUCCUGAACGGCUCUGGCAUGACAUGGGGUGAAUUUGGUCCAUGGAGCAAUCGCUGUGCAUUGAUUGGGAUAUGUGGGAUCCAAACAAAGGUGGAGCGUGAACAGGGCAGUGGCGAUGACACAGCACUCAAUGAUGUGAAGUUUUAUUGCUGUUAAUGGCUGAUCCAUAUUUCCUCGCCUAUAAGUAUACUUUUACUAUGCAUUUUCGAAGAAUGUUAAUUAUAGUUAAAUAUUAACUUGAGAAUGGAGGAUAUGUUUGUACAUAAUGUCAUGGUAAAAGAUACCUCCCUCUCCAAGGAUUGGAGAGGUAGAAGGGCAGUGGCAGAACUCAAACAUUGCAAAUUAUUGACUGUCUCCCAUCUUGUCAAUUUGUUCCAAUUCACAGCACCAAAAUGUAAUACCGUA